AUUGUGCUAGUCGUUUAACCGGAGCUGAAACAAAUCGAGGAUGAUAUCUUUUUCUUAGCUAUAAACUUGAAAAGUAUUCCACAGGUUGUGGCCUUUGGCAGGAUGUCAGGAUGGCAAGUGGCCCUGGCUUGCCUGACAGCUUGGUGCUGGAAAUCUUCUUGCAUCUCCCUCAUAAGGCAGUGCUGAGCGCAGGGUUCACCUGUCGUCAGUGGUUUGCUGUGUCGCGGGAUGAAUUCCUCUGGAAGGAGCUCUUCUACAACUACUACUGCAUCCCACGCUCGGUGCCUCGCCACCCUGCGGCUGAGUCGUGGUACAGGGAGUUCAAGCGGCUGUAUGACUGCAUUCCCUGUGUGGAGGUUCAGACUCUGAAGGAGCAUCAUGAUCAGGUCCUGCAUUUGGCUUUCUCUCACCGUGGACAUCGCUUCUCUUCCUGCUCCAAAGACUGUACCGUUAAGGUUUGGGACACAGAACGAUCAGAUGGUACCAUCUCUUUGAUUCACAGCUCCAGCAUGCGGCAGUUUAACUGGGGCUACACUCAGUUCUCCCAAUUUAACGCCGAUGACACACUGCUGCUGGUGUCAGGGGUAUACCUGGGCCCACAUCACUCCUCUUCUGGAGAGAUUGCAGUCAUCAGCUUGGAGAACUACACUCUGCUGUCCCGUGUGAGAAAUAAGCCAUAUGAUGUGUUCGGCUGCUGGCUGAAUGAGACUCACCUAAUCUCUGGUAACCUGCACUGGAUUGGCAACAUGACCUCCUGCUCUGUGCUCUGGCUCAACAAAGCUUUCCAGGACAUCGAGUCAGAAAAUGUGAAUGUGGUGAAGCGUCUGUUUAAGAUCCAGAACAUCAACGCCAGCACUAUCCGCACAGUGAUGGUGGCCCACUGCCGUCGACACGACUCUCCUGACCUCCUUCUGGACUAUGAAGCUCAGUCAAAGGCUCAAGCUCAGCGGACACAGCAGCACCAGCCUCUCGUCUUUGAUCUGGGAAUCACAGACAGUGAAGAGGAGGAGGAUGAAGAUGAGGAGCGAGGAGAAAAAAGAGUGUCAGCACAUCCGCCCUCAUUUAACCUGCCCGGGAUUCAGCAUGUUAUACAUGGUCAUCAGAGCAUAGCUGCUCGUGAACGAGAGUUGGAGACAAAGGUGGCCAGGUUGAUGGGCAGCAGACGCACCAAAGCUCCUGAUCCAAACCUGGUGUCUCCCUCAGCUCCUGGAGAAGGAGAGGACAAGACCUACCUCCUCUUCACCACCGGCAGCCUUACCUACUCGCCUCACCAAAUAGGCAUCAAGCGGAUAAUGCCUGAUCAAAUGACGACAUGUGGUCCUGUGUUGGGAGAGGAGCGCAGUACGGAUGAAUUCUUCAACUCACUUGAUCAUGUGAUUGACAUACACGGCCACAUCAUUGGCAUGGGUCUGUCACCUGACCAUAGGUACUUGUACGUAAACAGUCGAGCGUGGCCAGCAGGCUGUGUGAUCUCUGACCCCAUGUCCCCUCCACCCAUCGCAGAGGAGAUAGACCUGCAUGUGAUUGAUCUGAAGAGUCUUAGAGAGGAACGCCGCAGCCUUCGAGCCCACCGGGCCUUCACACCCAACGAUGAGUGCUUCUUUAUCUUCCUUGACGUCAGCCGAGACUUUGUCGCCAGCGGUGCAGAGGACAAGCACGGUUACAUCUGGGACCGGCACUACAACAUCUGCCUGGCUCGCCUGAAACACGAUGAUGUGGUCAACUCUGUGGCCUUCAGCCCAGCAGACCAGGAGCUGCUGCUGUCUGCCAGCGAUGACUCCACCAUUAAAGUGUGGCGCUCGCCACGCAUGGUGCGCCUCGCCGAGGCACCCCAGCACCCCCUUCGGUCUCGCAAACUGCUCUCCUCCUUGCUUGGCCGCAGAAGUGCUAAUCUGAAUGGUAAACCCUGACCUGUAAUGCAAGAGGAAAACACCACAGAAGGACACUCCAUGAGCAGAGGGACACGUGAGGUCAAGAAACUGAGGAUUCCACAGUGGUCUCUUUGAGAAGAACAAGGAUACUUGCAUUCUUGUGUGACCCUUUUGCAGGAUGUGCCGUGACCAACAGAUAACUGGAAGAUGAGAAGCAACAAAAGAAAAUGGGCUCUUUGGAACUCUAUACUGGUGAAAGAUCGCUGAUGCACAUGAAAACGUAGGACACAGACAUUAAGAGGACGUGUGACUUCAAGAGCACAGAACCAAGGAUAUUAAGGUCGCAUUCAUAUAUACGUGUCACGUGUGUAAUUUGAAAGCCCAUUUAACCCUGUCAUAAUGAAUGAAGCACAUCUGCACAUUUGUAAUUUAAGUAUUUUGUUGGCACCUUUUUUAGUAGAUGUUAUACAGGCAACCUGAUGAUCAGAACAAGGACAUGGUCAAAGUAUUUAAAUCCUAACAGAGAAAAAGCUACGUUCUGCUACAAUUUUACAACACAAUUAUGUGUCACGUGUUUCAUCUCUGUUCUGGUGUUAUGUAGAGGAGAAGUUUGAUUUAACUUCAUUACAGAAUGACAAUGCAGAUGUUUACUCCUGAGCUACCCCAUAUAGCCUUUAUUGAAAUCAGUUGUAUCCAUUGUCCAUAUGGAUUGUGUCAUGCAGGUUUUAACGAUCAUACUAUAUUGAAAAUGUAAAAAUUCCAAAGAAAUUCAAAGCCGCCUUGUUGAACUUUGUUUAUAAAAUCAUUUGGUUUUAAUAAUGCACCAGUGCUGCACCUCUGUUAUGAUGGCGUAUUUAUUUUAGAUUUAUCUAGUAUGACCUGUUCCAAGAGAAUUUGUUUAGGUUGGACCAUUAAAACUACCAAAAAGCUGAAGAAAAAUAGCUCAAACACCGACCAUUACAUAUUUAUGUAGGUGAGCUUUGUGACUUCAUAGCACUGAGAUACUAUGCAGCAUCAUAAGCAUGGUUACCUCCCCUCCAGCACUUCACCUUUCUGUGUAAUGAGCUCACUUUGUUUACCAGCAUUAAAUAUUCAGCAAAAGUGCUCAUUUUUGUUCACAGAUGUCAUAAAAAAGUAACUCAAAAAUGCUCCCCCAUGCCUCACAUACAUGGUCUACAUAUGUGAAGCUCAGCUGUGAUGUUACUCAUGAAUAUGACUUUAAUUUAAUUUUGGUUCCUUAAGAUUUUAUGCACAUCAAGUGAUUUCAAUUUGAUCUCCUUGUAAUAAUGUAGUUUAGAGCAUUUGUUUCUGUAGUUGUGAGAACAUCAGUCGUUUUAUUUUUAACGGACCUGAUUCCCUGUGUGACGUUUGUUUGAGCUUGUGCAUAUGAUUUUCCCAUCUGCCCUUUGGCUAUUUGACAUCAGUAGAUUUUGUACUGUGGAAUGUGUAAAAUUUGUUUGGCCCAUUAAACAAUUUCUCUUUUACCACCA